AGGGGCCCGAGCCGCCCCGCGGCCCCCUUCCACCCCCGGGGUGGGGCGGUCGCGGCCCGCCCCUCCCGGGGGGGGCCCCCUGGGCGCCGCCCCGACGCGCAUGUGGAAGGACAAGCAUGGGCGCGGCUUCGGCGUCGGCGAUCGAGUGCGAGUCGCGCUCGGGCAGCUGGACAACAUCACCAGCUCCGAGGACUUCGAGGGCUGCUGCCCGGACGGCUGGGAUUUCGCCAUGAUCGGCACCCUCGGCGCCGAGGGCACCGCCGAGGAGGACCCAGACCCCGACGAGGACGACAAGCUGGCGUGGGUCGCCGUGACCUUUGACCGCAAGAUCGGAGACAGAAGGCAGUGGUGCUACCGCCCGACCCAGCUGGAGAUCGUCGACUCGACAGUCGCAGUGCCCCAGGGCCAACUGGACCUCUACGACCGCCUGCUCGAGGACCAGAGCUUCCACGACGUGACGUUCAAGCUCUCCGACGGGGAGGAGCGGGCGCACAAGAGCGUGCUGGCCGCAGCCAGCAGCGCCUUCGGCACGAUGUUCUCGCCGCCGAUGCAGGAGGGUGCCACUGGCAAGGUUUCCCUUCCGGAGACCCCCGUGGCGACGAUGCGCGUGUUCCUGAGGUUAUUGUACAGCGGCGGGGUAGAGUCGAAGGACUGGCAGACCGCCCCGUCGUCCGCCGACGACGAGGUCAUUCCGCUGCGGACCCUGCUGGAAGUGGUCACGCUGGCACGGAAGUACGUUGUCGACAACGUGCUCGAGGUCACGGUCGAGGCGCUGAAGAGACGGCUCCAGAGCAGCAAGGAGGACGUGAACGUCUACCAAGACAUCUUUGCGGCCGCAAUCCAGAUGGACCUCGGGGCCGUUCGUGUUGCUGCUAUCGACGUUGCCAGGUCCAGCUCCGCCGUGCGGCAGCACUACGACAGCCAGCGGUUGAGACCAGAGGUGCAGUUCGAGCUGCGCGGCCUGUGGCCCCCCCCCCGCAGCAGCCAGGCCGCCCCGUGCCGCAAGCGGAGCCGGCUGGUCUGAGGGCCGCGCCCCCGGCCGAGCGCCGGGCUCCGCUUGGGCGCGCUCCUCGGGGGCGGCCAAGCACCUCUCGGGGGCCCCGCGGGACCGCCAGGCAGCUGCUCACAGGGCGGCAGAGCGGCGCUGCGCUGCCUGUCUCCAUGCUGGCCGCCUCUGCCCCUCGUCCUGGCUCCACCAGGAGCUCCUUCAGCUCGUCUCGUCUCCGCUGAAGGCGUCUGUGCACCAGC